UGAUACGGAGCAGCUGAGUUCCGACACAAAUACAUAUAUUUGACAUAGAAAUAAAGUGCGUUACAAUCUAAAUAAAUACUUAAUAUCAAAACAUACUUACAUACAUAUUGUAGAGACAUAUACAUGUUUACAUACACAAGUGAAUAAAGAAAGUGUGGAGAUAUAGAAAAUUAUUGCAUUAAUGUUCAUUAAACUGAGAUUAAAUUGAGUUAAUUUCGUAUCUAUGUAUGUGCAUAGAAAUUGCAUGCAUACAAAACAUAUAUAACACUCUUAAAAAUAAUCUUCCAAAUGCGAAAAUAAUUGCACUCUAAAUUCUAAAUUGAGUAAACUAACUACACUAAUUCUAAGUCUAGAUCAGCGAUAACCUGACUAAGAGUAAGAUUUGCACCGAAUUUUGUAUCGUUUACUUAAUAUAGAAUUCGUAAUGAAUUAAGUUUUCAAACGUGGUAACAUACAGUUUUUAAGAGUGUAAAUACGAGUGCAUUCCUGGACUUUAAAAGUGUAGUGGUGGAUUAUGUAUCUGUAGUGACGAAAUGCCAUCAGCAUCCCUUAACCGGCGACUUAUUACGCUGCGUCUUCACCAAGUCCGGCAGGAGGAUGCAGAAUUUUAUAAGAAGUGUCGUCAUGCCCAGGUCCAACGAGAAAACGAGUUGUUCAACCAUGGCCUCGUUAGCGUGCAAGAUUUCGUAAAAGUGCACCAUCAUCACAAAUUCAUUCUUGACGAGUUAUGUAAAAACCAAGAGAAACACUUCCUUCUCGGCAAGCUCGAGCAAAUGGAUCAUCAAGAAUUUCGCAAGUGUUUUCUUCUAAUCGCAAUCUCACUUUUACUCGCGUGUAUGGGCGCCACUCCCACUUAUGAAUUAAUUACGCCCUACAUCGAAUAUAUUUCUGGAAAUGUGGAGAAACAAACUGGGUUAACAAGACGUCAGCUUAACAUCAUCAACAAAGCAAUAAAUUUUAUCCUUAUUUGGCUCAUAAUCUCACUAACCGUGAUGAAAGGGAACACGUAUUAUUCUAGAGGCCUAAAAUGGUGGAGGUUUACUCGAAAACGGAGGUACUAUUUGGAUGCAUCACGGGCACGCUGGUCAAGUAAGGAAUACACGACCAAAAGCCCGAUUGAAAAGAUCUAUCUCAAGAAUGUUCCCAUUUGGUCGAUCUCUACGGAAGGCCGUAUUCAAUCUGUGAGAGAAAGGGAGAGAAAAGACACCAUUUCGUUGUCACCAGCAUCCUUGAGUGGCAAUUUGAUUUUCGAUCCAUGCGAGGCUGGUGAAAACCAAUGUUACGAAUACCAAACAUGGCCUGCUCAGGGAACUCUUGACUGUAUGGUUGAUCAGGCGCUAAAUCAACUCGUCCUGCUGGGAUUGGUUGGGGUAUACGUAAAGUUGUUGAAUUAUGACAUCUUUAAAUUGUAUCAGACCCAAGACUUUGCACAAGAUUUAUACCCUUUAUUUGGACCCUUGCUUGAUCCCUGGUUAGCCUGCGCAACUUACGUUUUUUGGACAUCCGUCACCAUGCUGUCAACAUCCCUUAUUACCGGUGUUGUCACAGGUCGGGCUGGAUAUACACGUGCAGAUUAUCUUCGUUUACAACUGGUGAUAUUAAACAAAAAAUGCGUACUUGUCUCGGAUUUCGCUGGAUUACUUUUUUGGCUAACUUUUUCCACAUUCACGAAGCACUACCUUGCGCAGAUUGAAAAAUUCAGUAAAUUCUGGGCGCUGCACGUUUGGGAAGGAAGGCUGCCGAUCGGAAAAUAGAUAUUGUUCACUAAUUUGUGGCGAUGAAAAAAUGUGCUAAUUUUUUAACAUCAACAACAUUUAAGUCAAUAUUUACCAAGAUGCGAAGACGACUUCCGCAAAUUUUGAAUGCCGCAAGUUCGCGAAAAUGAUCGAGUUUCCGGCGCAAUCUGGUCUUAUGGCAGUAGUUUUAAGAGCGUACAGGGCCCAAAAUUACGAAAUUGUUCGCAACCACUUCACUAAACUAUGUUCAUAAAUAAUUGCUCUUUCAAACUGGUAUGGUAAAAAAAUAAUCCGGUUUAACAUAAUUUGCGUCCCCGCUGUUAGAAUUUUUAUUAUUAAAAAUUGCAUUGCUAAAA